AUGAUGCGGAAGUUGAGUGAGUCUCGGUGCGAUAUUGUUGCUGCACCUGGUCAAGGCCGUUCCGUCAGUGUUUUCAGACACCCUGGGAACGCAGCUGCAGGGGCGGGUCUUCGGUUUGCACGGCUAGAGGCCGCGAAGCAGCAAAGGAUGAGCGGAACCUUGGAAAAGGUGCUGUGCCUGAGGAACAAUACCAUUUUUAAGCAAGCCUUUUCUCUCUUAAGGUUUAGAACUUCAGGAGAGAAACCCCUCUGUUCUGUAGAGAGAGGGUCUUGCUUCUCCAGGCUUGAGUACAGUGGCAUGAUCAUAGCUCCCUGCAGCCUCGAACUCCUGGGUUCAAGCAAUCCUCCUGCCUCAGCCUCUGGAGUAGCUGGGAUUACAGGUGGAAUUCUACUAAGUACCAGUAGGCCCUACAAGACAAAGCCCACCCACGGCAUUGGAAAGUACAAGCACUUAAUUAAAGCAGAAGAGCCCAAGAAGAAGAGGGGAAAAGUGGAAGUGAGAGACAUUAAUUUGGGGACAGAUUAUGAAUAUGGGGUUUUAAACAUUCAUCUGACUGCGUAUGACAUGACCCUGGCAGAGAGUUAUGCCCAGUAUGUUCACAACCUCUGCAACUCUCUCUCCAUUAAAGUCGAGGAAAGUUAUGCGAUGCCAACCAAAACCAUAGAAGUGUUGCAGUUGCAGGACCAAGGCAGCAAAAUGUUCCUGGACUCAGUGCUUACCACCCAUGAGCGAGUGGUUCAGAUCAGCGGUUUGAGUGCUACGUUUGCAGAAAUUUUCCUGGAAAUAAUCCAAAGCAGUCUUCCUGAAGGUGUCAGACUGUCAGUGAAGGAGCACACUGAAGAAGACUUCAAGGGACGAUUCAAAGCUCGACCAGAACUGGAAGAACUGUUGGCCAAGUUGAAGUAGCUACUGUAGACCCUUUCAUGCCAGCAGUGGUCAUAUUGAGUGCCAAGGAGAAGAGCUUACUGGGUAGUCAGAGUUCAUCAGGAGACCUGACCCUUAGAUUUCAUAAGUACCCAUUCCCAUAGUCAGUAAUGUCCUCACUCCUCUGUGAAAUGGCUGUACUUGCCAUUUGUUACCACUUACCUAUGAGGUAAUGCUUGUUAUCUUCCAUCUAAUAAAAAUCUGCUGCUGAUGUGUA